AUGAUUGCAAAUCCAGUCAUUAUCGCUGCUGUCCUUCUCCUUGUUCAACCUGGAGCUGUGGCUUUCAAGAUCGUCUCUCGCAGUUCGAUUUCGCAUAUAGAAAUCACAUCGUCAGCUAUUCUACAAACGACUGCGAAAGUGUGUAAGGCACGUGCUGAACAGCAAGGACAAAACUUCGUGGAGCCAAAUCCACUGAACGCUAUAUCGCUAGCAGUAGCUUGCUCAUCUCCAUUAUCAGCUGGAACUUUUUUAUUGAGCACUGGUAUUAUCAGCGCCAGGAACAUAUAUGUGGACAUAAAACGCUUUGGCGAAGAAGAAUACCACUUCGACAGUGAAAGUUUUUUGCGGGGACGUGAUGUCAUUACGAGCGCAGUGGAUGCUGUCAAAGCUAAUAUCAAGCUGCAGAAUUUUCAAACGGCAAGAGAAAGACUAGGAGAGGCGAUGCAUACUUUACAGGACUUCUACAGUCACAGUAACUGGAUAGAGCUGGGAUACCAGUCUCCAUACACGAACCUCAUCAAACCAGACCUACCAAUUGAGAAUAUUGCAGACAAGGGUACCCCAACAUGUAGGAGCUGUGUUGAUGAUAACUGUACAGGAAAUAUCCUGGAAAGUAUCAUCACUGAGAGGAAGCUGACCUCAGGAUACACCAGCUCCAGUGGUCUUUUUAAACCUCCUGGAAAGUGUAGCCAUGGAGGGCUUAUAGAUCUUACCAGUUUUCAGGAGCCCAAGGGAGGUAUCAAUAAAGACGGUGUUGACUCUGAACAUGGCCACCUGCACUUCCAGGCUGCAAACAUGGCCAUUGAGGCCACCAAAGAACUCUUAGAAGACGUAUGGGCCUCAGCCGGGAACGACGACUUCCUGAGAUUGAUGGGUAUCUCUCAGACGUUUAACGUCCUGAGUGUUGUGAUUGACAUCUCCAGGAGUAUGGCCGAUAAUAUUGCAGAGGUGAAACGCGUCAUCUCGUUGAUCAUUGACGGCAAGAAAGGCACCGCCGAUGAACCCUCUGAAUACAUCCUGGUUACAUUUAAUGACCUUGACUUUGGGCCACUGACAAAGACCACAGAUGCUGAAGAAUUCAAAAGACUGCUAAAUGCGAUUUCUGCUGUCGGAGAAGCAACAGCUACUGCAAAGAAAUGCCUGUCGGGUCUUUGGCUGGCACUGACAAGAUCCCCACCCAAAUCUGAGAUGUUUGUUUUCACUGAUGCUGAACCAGAGGAUGUUGAGCUGAAAAACACAGUGUUGGCACUAAUUGAAAGCACAAAAUCAACGGUGAAUUUUCUGCUAACCAACGUUCUCUCCGCACAAAGCCGUGUGUCCAACCCAUCGAAUCAGAUUUAUCAGGAGCUAGCUGAAGCUUCAGGCGGGCAGGCCAUUGAGGUUUCCAGUGGUAUGCUGCCUCAGGCCACCAGCAUCAUUGAGGACUCCUCCAGCGCAGCACUGGUCACGCUGUUUUUGGCAGUGCGGAACCAAUCAACUGCGGAAGAUUUCUCCUUCCUCGUAGACUCUUCUGUUACAAAUCUGACUAUCUACAUCACUGGCUUUUCAACAAAUUUCACUAUUACAAGCCCUUCAGGAAUGUCCCAGUCUAGUACUGAGUCAAAUGGAACUUUGGGAAUGAUUCAGACUGCAGGGAAUUUCCUUACAAUAAGACCAUACAGCCAGAAUGGAACAGGACUGUGGCAAAUCAGUGUUAAUUCCACUCAGCCAUUCACGGUGAAAGUCACUGGACAGAGCGUGACAAACUUCCUUUUUGACGUUGUGGAGGUUGUCCAGGACCCGGUUCCAGGAUACACAGUGUUAGACAGCAGGCCCCAAAACAGUGGGAAUGUAACAUUGCUGCUGUCAGUAACUGGAGAUGACUCUUUGAAGCUGACAGAGGUAGCUGCUAUUGAGACGAUGGGCACAGAAACCGUUAACGGAAGUCUGGUAGAUCAGGGCAAUGGACAAUACCUGGCGACCUUUAGCACUGUACCACGUGGCUCUUUUGGUAUUCGUGUGUCAGGCCAGAAUAGCUCCACUCGAUCCUCACAAACUGGCUUCCAGAGAUACUCUUCCACCCAACUCAGAACUUCCGGCGUGUCAGUCUCGGCUGUGGCAAGUGGAAUAUGGGCACCUGGAGGGACUUUAAGCCUGAACUUCGGAGUUGGAACCAGCAAAUUUUCAGGCAGCUUCAACAUCACAGUCAGGAAUGAUCGUUUGUUCAAUAUGGCUUUCCCCAGCUCAUUGCUCAUUGACAACGGGGUCAGCGCAAGCGGUGCAUUAUCCAUCACCGCUCCUUUUGAAACUCCCUCUGGCACCGACGUCACACUGACCAUUGAGGCUGCAGCUGCCGGUGGAUCAGACUCCAACUAUGUUGUGCUGCGUCUCUCUGUAGUGGCCGGAGUGGGACCAGCCGUGUCCCUGUCUCUCAGUCUCUGGUUUGUCAUGAUUGCUCUCUUUCUAAACCAGCUUUUAUCAUUUUAA